AUGCAAGAGGAUGCGUCAGGACCCAUGUUCAAUAUAGAGCGCGUAACAUUACAGUUCAACAUUUCCUCCGACUUUGUGGCUGCUGCCGUGGCGAACAAUGUGGUGGUACUGGCCCUGUCGACUGGGCGCAUUCUGCGCAUAGAUCUGGAUAGUCCCGCAGAUAUAGACGAUAUCGACCUACCGAAGAAGCCGUCAGAGGUCGGCGUCAUCAGGCGUCUCUUCCUCGACCCCUCCGCAUCUCAUCUCAUCGUAACCACUACCCUCGCCGAAAACUACUACCUCCACACACAAUCACGGACACCAAAGGCGCUAUCACGGUUAAAGGGUGUUGUCAUAGAGAGCAUAUCGUGGAAUCCCUCUCAACCUACUGCGUCGACUCGCGAGAUACUUGUGGGCGCGUCAGACGGUAAUGUUUACGAAGUAUACAUUGAACCAUCAUCCGAAUUCUAUAGAAGGGAAGAAAGGUACCUAAAGAGUGUGUAUAGGACAAAUGAUGGUCCCAUUACAGGGCUAUGGACAGAUAUGGUGCCAGGAAGAACAGAUCUGCGGCGCAUCAUUGUUGCGACACCUUCGACCUUCCUCCAUUUCGCAGGCAAAGUCGGACGUCAAGGAUCUGAAGGAAGCGGGUCUAUAUUCUCAAAGUUGUUCGAGAGCGAAUCAGCGACAGUUCAUGAGGUGUCCAAUGUGGCCUCCACAGCAACCUCGCUACUAUCUGUCUCUCCAGAAAACCACGAGAACUUAAAUCGCGAGGAAUCAAAUAUGGAGAGGAUUUUUGGUUGGCUCACAUCACAAGGCGUAUUACACGGCAAGCUGUACCUAUCGCAGGAUACUUCUGAGCUUGGCAGCAAGGUUCUUGGAGACUCAAAGAUGCUGCCUAGAUCUCAGGUGCCGCCUUCACAAACGGCUAGCGGACGCACACGACGAACACAGGACGCAGUCAGUUCGAUGAUACUGAGCCAGUGGCAUAUUCUUCAGCUAGUUGAGGGCAGGAUCGUAGCCAUCAAUCGUCUCGACGACACAGUCGUCCUUGACCAGGUUGUGCUGGAACCUGGGCAAAGUGCGCUUGGUUUGGUAGCUGACCUGAAGAAGAACACCUACUGGCUCUUUACAACCCAGGAAAUCUUCGAAAUAGUUGUGACAGACGAGAGUCGGGAUGUCUGGAAGAUCAUGCUGAAAGCACAACAGUUUGAGGCGGCUUCACAAUAUGCCAAAACACCAGCCCAGAAGGAUGCAGUGGCAACGGCAUCUGGUGACUACCUCGUUGGGAAGAGCCAGUGGAUGGAGGCUGCGACGAUCUAUGGUCGAAGCACAAAACCCUUUGAGCAAGUUGCACUGACGUUCAUCGACAACGGCGAGCAGGACGCGCUACGGAAGUACUUGGUGACGAAGCUUUCCACGCUGAAGAAGUCAUCAAUCAUGCAGAGGACCAUGGUCGCUACCUGGUUGAUUGAGCUCUACAUGGCUAAGCUCAACACUCUCGAUGACACCAUCACCACAAAGGCCGAGCUAUCAGAGAGCAUGAAUACCGCUGAAACUCACGAUCAACUAUCGGUCAUCAGGAAAGAAUACCAAGACUUCGUAGCAAAGUACAAGGCUGAAUUGGACCGUAAGACGGUCUACGAGAUUAUCAGUAGCCACGGUCGCGAGGAGGAAUUGCUCUACUUCGCUACUGUGGUAAAUGACUACAACUACGUACUGUCGUACUGGGUGCAACGCGAGCGGUGGCAAGAGUCUCUGGACGUCCUUAAGAAGCAGACAGAUCCAGAGAUCUUCUACAAGUACAGCUCCGUACUCAUGGCACACGUGCCAGUCGAGCUGGUCGACAUCAUGAUGCGCCACUCCACAUUCGACGCACAGAAGCUCAUCCCAGCUUUCCUCAACUACAACAACCACACCAAAGCGUCCUUGAACCAAAAUCAAGCAGUCCGCUACCUCCUCUUCGAAAUCAACCAACACAACUCCACCGACGCCGCCAUCCACAACACCCUCAUCUCCAUCUACGCCUCACAUCCCACUCCCGAUGAAUCCGCCCUUCUCGCCUACCUCGAAGGUCAAUCCCUUGCCCACGAACAAAACUACGACGCCGACUUCGCCCUCCGCCUCUGCAUCCAACACAAACGCGUCCAAUCUUGCGUUCACAUCUACAGCUCUAUGCAACAAUACGUGCAAGCCGUCGACCUCGCCCUGAAAUACGACGAAGUAGACCUUGCCUCUACCGUCGCCGACCGCUCCAACACAUCCCCUCCUCUCCGCAAGAAACUCUGGCUCGCCAUUGCCAAGAAAGUCAUUUCGCAAUCUAGCGGUAUCAAGACGGCUAUUGAGUUUCUAAGGAGAGUGGAUUUACUCAGGAUAGAAGACUUGAUUCCUUUCUUCCCCGAUUUCGUCGUCAUCGACGAUUUCAAAGAGGAGAUUUGUGCUGCGCUGGAAGACUACAGUCAUAAGAUAGACAGCUUGAAACAGGAAAUGGAUGAUAGUGAAGCGACAGCUACACACAUCAAAUCCGAUAUCAAAGCCCUGGAGCAACGAUAUGCGAUUGUGGAACCGGGAGAGCGAUGCUAUGUCUGUGGCUUACCGUUGUUGGCGAGACAGUUCUUUGUGUUUCCCUGCCAACAUGCGUUCCAUAGCGAUUGUCUAGCUAAGAGGGUGGUGGAGCUUGCAGGGAUUGCGAGGGGGAAGAGGAUUGCGGAGUUGCAGGCGGAGGUGCAGAGGGGGGUUAAGGUUGGGAAAGGGAGGGAGAGGGCCAUUAAGGAGUUGGACGCUUUGGUUGGGAGUAGCUGUGUGCUAUGUGGUGAACUUGCCGUCAAACUUGUCAAUGAACCUUUUAUCAGCGCGACAGAUGACAAGGAUGAAUGGGCACUUUAA